UCCCUCCUGCCAUAAACGUGGGAGAUUUUGAGUGCAGAGAUGAGAGAGAGGGAGAUGGCAGAGAACCAGAGCAAUGCCAACGGGAGCCUGAAGACUUAUGGUGCUCAUGUUCCAGAGAUUAAAUUCACCAAGCUCUUCAUCAAUGGCAAGUUCGUCGAUUCUGUCAAAGGGAGGACAUUGGAGACGAUAGAUCCAAGAAAUGGACAAGCGACGGCGAGAGUUGCCGAGGGAGACAAAGAGGACGUGGAUUUGGCUGUGAAAGCUGCCCGCCAAGCAUUUGAUCACGGCCCCUGGCCGCGCAUGCCCGGCUAUCAAAGGGGAAGGAUCAUGUCGAAAUUUGCGGACUUAAUCGAAGAGAACAUAGACGAACUAGCUGCUCUGGACACUAUAGAUGCCGGGAAGCUAUUUAGUGUCGGCAAGGCCCAGGACAUCCCUCACGCUGCCACGAUGCUGAGGUACUAUGCCGGUGCAGCGGAUAAGAUCCACGGCGAGGUAUUGAAGAUGUCGCGCGAGCUUCACGGGUACACGCUACGGGAGCCGGUUGGCGUGAUCGGGCACAUCAUCCCUUGGAACUUCCCGACCGUGGUGUUCUUUAUGAAGGUCGCCCCAGCGCUGGCGGCUGGUUGCACCAUGAUCGUGAAGCCCGCCGAGCAAACCCCUCUAUCGGCUCUCUUUUACGCUCACUUGGCUAAGAAGGCCGGUAUUCCUGAUGGAGUAAUCAACAUUGUAACUGGUUUUGGACGGACAGCCGGUGCGGCGAUAAGCAAUCACAUGGACAUUGACAUGGUUAGUUUUACGGGGUCUACAGAAGUGGGACGCAUUGUAAUGCAGGCCGCAGCAACAAGCAAUUUAAAACAAGUGUCGCUCGAAUUGGGCGGGAAAUCACCUCUUAUAAUUUUUGAUGAUGUUGAUUUAGAUACUGCUACUGAUCUUGCUCUAACCGGUAUCCUCCAUAACAAGGGAGAAAUAUGUGUUGCGGGCUCUCGUGUCUAUGUUCAAGAAGGGAUCUAUGAAGAGUUCAAGAACAAGCUAGUGGCAAAGGCAAAGGCUUGGCCGGUCGGCGACCCAUUUGAUCCGAAUGUCCGUCACGGACCGCAAGUCGAUAAGAAACAGUUUGAGAAGAUACUUGCAUACAUCGAGCAUGGAAAGAGAGAAGGAGCCACGCUUUUGACUGGGGGCGAGCGUCUGGGCACCGAAGGUUACUACAUUCAGCCAACAAUCUUCACAAAUGUUAAGGAGGACAACAUGAUUGUGAAGGAUGAGAUUUUCGGCCCUGUCAUGUCGCUCAUGAAAUUCAAGACCAUGGAGGAGGUGAUCAAGAGGGCCAAUGACACGAGGUAUGGUCUAGCAGCAGGGGUUUUGACGAAGAACAUAGAUCUGGCGAACACAGUCUCGAGGUCAAUUCGAGCAGGCACCAUCUGGAUAAAUUGCUACUUUGCAUUCGACAAUGACUGUCCUCUUGGCGGCUACAAGAUGAGCGGCUUUGGCAGAGAUUUUGGUUUGGACGCUCUCCACAAAUACCUACAAGUCAAAUCUGUUGUGACCCCCAUUUACAAGUCUCCCUGGCUUUGAGAGAAAUUUAGGCAAGAAGGGGGAUGGGGGGCAUUUGCAUCAUCUGAUGGCUCAAAUUAUCAAAUUAUGAAUGAUUAAGAGUGUAUUUGUUUGGCUGAAAGCAUUUUCACUCGUGUAAUUUGCUGAAAAUGAUCAAUAAAUGAGAAUCAUUUAUGG